ACAUUUGGUAGCACUUAUACUGCUUCUAAAUGUUUUUAUUACAGAGUGAAAUUGAAGAACGAGUUCCUGGGAAGAGAAGAAUGCUGAGAAAUCAUAAUUGCACAAACGUUUUUUUAUGUUGUGUGGGAGGGACUGUCUUUAAAAGGGAGAGUGCAGGGCGCUGUAUUCUCACAACCAACAGACUACAGCUUUUUCAUCUCUUCACUAGUGUUGCUCUGCACCAUACUGGCUCAGAAAGAUGAAACUCCCAGUAUCAGCUUUCGUGCUUUUGAUCUGCACAGUUGCGUUGCUUUCCACAACAGAGGGAAGACCUGUUCGCCCACCGCUACGUUGCAACUGCCCUCAAAUGUAUUCAGCUCCAGCAAUUCCAGCUGAUAAAAUACUCUCAAUGAGGUUUUUUACUGCUGGACCACAAUGUAAAUAUGAGGAGAUCAUUGCCAAAAUGAAGAAAGGAGAGAUGUGUCUUGAUCCUACGAAAGACUGGGUAAUUUCUCUCAAAGAAGAAAUCAACAAGAGAAACAUCAAGAGUCAUUCAACUACUACUGUAAUAUAGAAUUUUGUAAUAUCUGGGUGAUACUUUAAGUAUAAUAUAUAAAUGUUCUGUCACUACCAUCUGUUUAUUAAAAGUGAACUUGCAUGAACUUCAUUAUAUCUUAUGAAAUUAUAUUGAUUGUUAUUGUCUGAAUUGCAGAGGCAGACAAAGUAAACAACUUCAUUACUUGAGUGAAGUAUAGAUACUACUGGUCAAAUGCUACUCCACUACAAGUGAAAGUUGUAAAGAGAAGCUUUUUACUUGAAAGUAUGAAAUUACAUGCUUUUAAAAGUACUUAAGUAUCAAAAAGAAAGUAAAUUCAUUGUUUUGUGGCACAUUAUUGUAUACUUACAAUGUUGGUCAGAGGCCAAUAAGCAAAUUUGGCCAGGAUCCCGGGGUUACACCCCUACUCUUUUUCAAAGAACAUCAUGAGAAUUUUAAUGACCACAGAGAGUCAGGACCUUGGUUUAAUGCCUCAUCCGAAAGACUUUUGUCAGUAUACUGUAGUGUCCCCAUGACUACACCCUUGACCAGUUUUUACAGUAAUUUACCAGUAGGACAGAGUAGUAAGACUUUUUAAAUAUGGUAAUAGCAGACAUUUUUUAUUUGUAUUGCCAUAGUUUAACUACAAUGAAGUUAUGUAAAAUUUGUGAUUACAGUAGUUUUACUACAAAUUGCAUAAUUAUGGUAACUAUAGUGAGAGAAUAAUACAUUUGUGAAAAAUGGGAUUUUACUGCAAAUAGCCCACCAUAGUUAAAUAAGUUACUAUAGUAAAAACGUGGUCCGUUUUCGAAAGAGCUUUAAUGAGUUAACUCAUACACAUGCAAGUUCACACAGAAUAAAAGCUAAAUUUUCUUUGUCAUGUAGAUCAAAGUGUAUGUAAUUUUUAUUUACUUUAUGCCGAUCAUUAUCUUCUUUGAUCGUAGCACCUGGCCUACGUAAGGCAUCAUAUACAGUUGUCUCUUUAAAAUCAAUGUGGUAAAUAAACAGAAGAUUACACCACACUAUAAAUAUGUGACUUUUUCAUCUUUUAUUAUCAUAUUUGCCUUUAUUGAGCACACAAUAAUACAGACGUUAAUUUAGCGGGGGAGGUCCCGAGGUUGCCAGAUUUGCAUAACAAAUUAGCCAAGCAUCCUUUAAAAGAUACGCGGGAAACCGCAGGCUUGUAAAUACUGUAAGUUGGCAACACUGGAAUGUCCUGGCAGAACGCAGGCCGGGUUUUUGCAUGAAAAGGGUUUAGUGAAUCUGAAAAUGCACACGCUGGAAAAACUGCUACAUAACGACUUUCUACUUAGGGACCUUGAAAUAAAUGUAGCGGAGUAAAAAGUAUGAUAUUUGUCUUUGAAAUGUAGUGAAGUUGAAGUAGCAAGUUUCUGUAAAAAAUGAUACUCAAGUAAGGUACAGAUACUCAAAAAGUGUACUUAAGUACAGUACUCAAGUAAAUGUACUUUGUUACUGUCCACCUCUGCCGAUUUGUCAUUUUAUAUACUCAUAAAGUUUUGUAUUGUUUU